AAUACGGAGGACGGGGGGGCGUAUCUGGUUGUUUUGCUUACACGGUACUCCGUACGGAGAACCGCCCUGCACAUUCCGAUCGGGCGUAAGUGGGGAGAACCGCCACCGGCACCACGGUUCCUCCACAUCACAUAUUUUUGGCCUUCAGUUCGCACCUUUCCUCAGUCAGCCAACGCGAUGGUCAGUCAUGCUGAUGAUCAUCAUUUAAGUAGAUGUCUGCAGCGACUGGCUUCUGGGGGAAUUUCUACUGCGGAGACGUGCUGCUCCAUUGUCCGUGUCCCGGACAGACCAUCUUCUCCGUUUCUCCGGAGAAAGGGGAGACUAGCAGGGGGCUCAAUACUCAAUAGCAAUUGUGACCAAGUGGACUAGGGACCGCUGGAACUGGAAGGGGAAGGGAGCGACCCGGCCAGGCGAGCUAACCUUUCGGGUGGAAAUCUUCCUCGGUGGAGAUCCCGU